AAUCAGCCAGUUCUAUCCAACGAUUGUGAAGAAGUUUGUACCUGCAGCCCAAUGGGGAAGCUCAUCUGUGAGGACACCGACUGUGCGUCGGAUGAGAAGUGUCAGAUUACGGAUGGUGUCAUGGGAUGUGUUAAUAAAGAUCCAUGUAAAUCCAAAAAAUGUAGGAUCCAGGAAACUUGCAAAGUGCAAGAUGGAAAACCAAUCUGCGUUCCAAAUUACACUGGCACCUGUUGGGCGUGGGGAGACCCUCAUUAUCACACUUUCGAUGAUUAUAACUAUGACUUCCAGGGAACCUGCACAUAUGUCCUAUCUAAAUAUGGCGGUGGGGAUGACGGCUUGGUGCCAUUUACAAUUGAAGAGAAAAAUGACAACAGAGGAACACAAGCUGUGUCCUAUGUCAGAACGGUCAACAUAUACAUGUACGGGUAUAAGAUUACCAUUACGAAAGGCGAGUUUGGUAAAGUUCGGGUCAAUAAUCAAAUCACCAACCUUCCACUGAGAUUGUUAGAUGGAAAGAUCACGGCAAGUAUCAGUGGUCUCUAUGCCGUGGUGAAUACCGAUUUUGGCCUUCAGGUGACCUACGAGUAUAACUGGCAUGUUGUGGUCACACUCAGCAGCAGCUACUAUGGACUUACUGUUGGUCUUUGUGGCAACUUUAACAAAAAUAACAAAGACGAGAUGAUCAAUGCUGACAACAAAGCAGUUACUUCCAUCAUAGAAUGGGCUAAGAGUUGGAAAGUCAAUGAUCGGGAUCCUUUCUGCUUUGAUUACUGCCCAAGACUCAAUUGUCCAACUUGUGAUGACAGCAAGAAGGCCGUGUAUGGAGAUGAAAAGAGAUGUGGCCUCAUCAGCAAAGUCAAAGAUGGGCCAUUUAGAGAGUGUCACUUGAAAGUUAACCCAGACAAUUUUUUCGAUAGCUGCUUAUAUGAUGUCUGUAUUUAUGGUGGCUCUAACCCAUUUAUAUGCCAGGGUCUCAGUGUCUAUUCCAACACCUGCCGAAAACAGGGCAUUCAAAUAUAUGAUUGGAGAACACCUUCUGGAUGCACCUUGCCAUGUCCUGCAAACAGUCACUAUGAGUUCUGUGGAAAUGCUUGUCCAGCCACAUGUACGGAUCGUACUGCUCCAUCUCGGUGCACUAAUGACUGUGUGGAGACCUGCCAGUGCGAUGAUGGUUAUGUUCUCAGUGUAGAUAAAUGUGUGAAGGCUUCAAGCUGUGGUUGCACUUACAAUGGUGCCUACUACGAACCAAACCAGGAAUUUUGGUCCGAUGACAACUGCCGCCUUCUCUGCAAGUGUGAUCCAGGCCUUGGCAUGGUGGUCUGUAAGGAGAACAGUUGUAAAGAAAGUGAAAGGUGCAUGGUAGUGAAUGGAGUGCGUCGCUGUCAACCCAUAAGCUUUGCCACGUGCACGGGCAGUGGAGAUCCUCACUACACAACUUUUGACAACAAGAGAUUUGACUUCAGGGGAACCUGCAUAUACCAACUUGUUGGUGUGACCUCCAAUGCACCAUCACUGACCCGUUUUACUGUCAAGGUCCAAAACAACAACCGUGGUGGGAACACAGCUGUCUCCUACACAAAAAUGGUUGCACUUGAAGUCUACAAUAUGGUUUUGACUCUUAGCAUGGACUACCCUCAUCGUAUUUUGGUUGAUGGCGUUGUCACAUCACUGCCAUUUUACUUCCAAACGAACAAAGUUGUAGCAUACCUCAGUGGCAGCCAAGGCAUCAUUAAAACUGAUUUUGAUGUUACUGUAAGGUAUGACUGGAAAAGUUAUGUGGCGGUGACUAUACCAAGCACUUAUUCCAAUGCUGUUGGUGGCUUGUGUGGAAACUGCAACAAGAAUCCCAAUGAUGACUUUGCCAUGAAGAAUGGUGGAACAACACCAAACGCCGUUCAGUUUGGUAACAGCUGGAAAGUUGGUGAGGUUGCUGGUUGUACACCAGAGUGUACCAAGAACUGCCCUCUAUGUUCUGAAGCUCAAACACAAAAGUACAAGAGUGAGAAAUACUGUGGACUUAUCACCAAGCCUAAAGGACCAUUCAGCCAGUGUCUCUCAGUUGUUGACCCGACUCCUUUUUUCAAUGACUGCAUUUUUGAUGCCUGCCAAUACAAGGGACAUCAUUCAUCGUACUGUAAUGCUAUAGGUCUCUAUGUGGCCGCCUGUCAGGCUGCUGGUGUCACACUUCAAGAAUGGAGAUCGGCCUCUUUCUGCGGUCCAUCCUGCCCUGCAAACAGUCAUUAUGAAUUGUGUGGAAAUGCCUGUCCAGUCACCUGCUAUGGGUUGUCAUCACCGACUGGCUGUGACUCUCUUUGCAAAGAAUCUUGUUACUGUGACAAUGGGUUCUUAAUGAGUGGUAACAAAUGUGUUCCCAUUGCCCAGUGCGGCUGUGUCUAUCAAGAUAAAUAUUACCAGAACAACGAAGUCUUCUAUCCUAAAGGUCAAUGUAAUGAGACAUGCCAGUGUGGGGCUGAUGGCAUUGUCAAGUGCCAAUCAGAACGUUGUGGACCUGAGGAAAAAUGCAAACUGGUCAAUGGGGCUUGGGGAUGUCAAUCUAAGAAGAGUGGCAGAUGUGAGGCUUCUGGAGAUCCACAUUACAUCUCCUUUGAUGGUCUCAAAUUUGACUUUCGAGGCACUUGCACAUACACUUUUGCAAAGGUUGUGGUGGAUGAUCUUCGCCUUGUGAACUUCUCUGUGGUUGUUGAGAAUGAAAGCUAUGGAAAUGGUAAUCUUGCUGUGACAAAACUUGUGGUGGUGUCUGUAUAUGGUUACACUGUGGCCAUUGCAAGAGACAUGAGAUCAGCAGUAAAGGUUGAUGGAGAGCUCAACAAAUUGCCAUUGACCUUAGAAGAUAACGGUAUCGUAGUAAAUCAAGAAGGGAACAAUGUUGUCUUACAGACAGACUUUGGCUUGAAGAUUCUGUAUGAUACCAUUUACCAUGUAGUCCUUAGUAUUCCUAGUUCAUACUGUGGCAAGAUGGGUGGUCUCUGUGGCAACUUUAAUGGUGAAAUCAAAGAUGAAUUCCAACUUCCCAGCAAAGUGAUUGCCAAUUCUGUGAAUGAGUUUGGGGCAGCCUGGAAAGUGAGCAUGGCUGGUGCCAAAUGCAGAGAUGGAUGUGAUGAUGGAGAAUGUCCAGUAUGUGGGCACGCCAAGCUCCAACCAUUUAAGGCUACGUCCUCUUGCGGCAUGAUCACAAACCCAGCUGGGCCAUUUAAAGAUUGCCAUUCCAAGAUUAACCCAACUGAAUAUUUUAACCACUGCAUCUAUGACUCUUGUGCUGUUGAUGGAAAAGAUGAUAUUGUGUGCAAGGGGAUUCAGGCCUAUGCAGCAGCUUGCCAUACUGUUGGUGCUACUCUAAGCUCUUGGCGAAGACCAGCAUUCUGUGCUAUGUCCUGUCCAGCGAAUAGUCAUUAUGCACUUUGUACCAGAACCUGUGAGCAAACUUGCUCUGGGAUCACCGAGCCGAUGAGAUGUACCGAUCAAUGUUUCGAAGGUUGUGAGUGUGACGCCGGCUAUGUGUUAGAUGGAGAUAAAUGUGUCACCAUGGACAAAUGUGGAUGUGUAUAUAGUGGACGAUACUUGAGUGAGGGCGAGUCCUUUGUCACAGCAGACUGUACACGUCAAUGUAAGUGCCAAGCAGGUGGUGUGACCUGUGCAGCAGUUUCAUGUGGUUCCAAGGAGCGCUGUGGUCUUGUCAAUGGUGUGCGAGGUUGCUACAAGGUGGAAGGCCAAUGUUCUGUAGGCCCACAGAAGUUGGUCACUUUUGAUGGUGUCUCGGGCGGAGCUGUAGGAAUUGGCCCGGUAGAGGUUGCGUCUCUGUGUAAUAUGGAUGCAUCCGGAUGGUUCAGAGUUCUUGCCGAUAUCCAGAGUUGUGGAAUAGAAGUACCAUCUGUCUCCAGACUUCAUAUCUUCAUUCGUGGUGGCCUAGUGACCAUCUCCAAGGACAAGGAUGUCUGGGUGAAUGGGCGCAUGGCUGCUCUUCCCACUGUGUCUGGCAUUGUGUCAGUAAGUGCUGGAGAUAGCUCCGUCUCCAUCCAGAUUGGCACAGACUUAAAGAUUGAGCUUAGCAACAGUGGAAGCCUCUUGCUCCGGGUCUCCGAGGGUCUGUCUGAGGCAGUUUGCGGGGUCUGUGGAAACUUUAAUGGAGACACCUCUGAUGACCUCAGGGCUCCUGGAGGGAAGGUGGUCAAGGACAAUUUGCAACUCAUAGCAUCUUGGAGAGCUCGUGACUUCAGCUGUAACGCAUGAGGCACAAUGAAGACACCUGACUAGAGCCUAGAGGAUGUCCCCCUUUGACCCAAAUGCACAGCAGAUCUCCCCUUUCUGAAGAUAUUGAAUGAAUGACAGUAUACAUUAGGAUCUCUGUACUUAAUGAGAAUUACUACAUGUUAGAUACAUUGGAAGAGUUUAUGUACCAUGCAUGGAGAAAACUUUUUAUUCCGGACUUCUUGCUCCAUAGUCUUUCAUCCUGAAAUUUUCCGUAACACAUUGCUUCUAUCUGUCAAUCUGUACAUAUUUCACCAAUAUCAUUACCUUUUAAAUUCUCCCUCCAGAGCUCUUAGAGACGGCACAGAGCAGCUUUGUACAACUGAUUCCACAGAUCUGACUGCUCAUAUCUAUUGGCAAAGAUAGCUGGUUGUAAAUAUUGUAGAUAUCUCCAGUUAGAGACAACGGAAAUUGGUUGCAAGUUAGGGGAUCAGAGGUGAAUGGAGAAAGUAGGGACUAGAGGGGGUAGCAGUCUGACUGUAAGGUCGCCCUUCUGGCUGUGUAAUUAUUGCACAUUCAAAGAUAUUACUGACGUACUAUGGGGCUAAUUCAGGUUGGAUUAGGGAUGGCCAUCAAUCAUCAAUGAUUCAAAAUCAUCAAUGGUUUAUGGCCAAUGUAGAAUACUUUUGCCAUCGAUGGGGGAGAACCAGAUGGUUUCCCUUCAUCGAUGGAAAGGUAUAACCAAAUAUUUUAUUUUAUUUUUUUUAUGUGGUGCCAGGACACAGAGCACAGCUCCACCCCCCGACACAUGUGAAGCCCCGCCCCUAUAUUCUGAUUGGCCCAUGGGACAGUCAGAGAAUAAACAGGGAUGACCAUCAAUAGUGGGAAACAUCGAUGGUUAUCCACUGCAUAGUUGGCAGCCGUUGAUGGUUACUUUACAUAUCACCAUCGAAGGUAACCAUCGAAGGCAACCACACCGAUGGCCAUCCCAUCCUGCGCAUGCGCCUGCACUGUCUGCAGGGGGCCACAGAUAAUUAGCAGAAUUUGCAAUCCUUACUGAAUUAGGCAUAAAACUCAGACAUUUCAAAAAUGAUGUAACCUGACUUUUUCCCAAUUGUUCUCACUUUCACUACUUUGCACUUUUUUUUAUAUGAAGGAUAUUAUAAUCUUACAACCCUAAUGCUGCCACUCUAAGCUGCCAGCCUGAUGCAAAUAACUGCCCUUUAUAGUGCAGCAAUGAAUGUGUCUAUGUUUUUACUUACUAUUAUCGAUGCAAGAUUAAUGGAACAGAGGAUAAUACGUGUUCUUAUCAGGGGAUCGACAUUGUGCAUUUUUCAUCUGAGUAUCUGGGACUGUAUGUAAAAAAUAAAUGUGUAACGUUGUUUUGAAGAUCACACUUAUACUGCUUACUUGCUUUAAUAAAUAGUUGGUAAAUACUUGGA